CAAUGAAAAGAUUGACAAUAAGAAGAAGGAUUCUUAUUAAUCAUCAACCAAUCACCAUAAAGGAGGGUGGACAAUGGUCAAAGCAGAUCAAGAUGAACGUCAAGUAUGGCAAACGAAAUUGCAAGACGAAUUCUCACCUGAAAUUGAUUCUUCUUUGAUUGCUGCAUUGGUAUAUGAACCAGGUCAAACGUUUGAUGAUAUAUAUGCACUCUUAUCAGGUUUGAAAUCAGAAGUGCCUGAUGGGGCAUACGGUACCGACAGCCAUGUUGAUGAUGGAGAUACCGAGACAGGCUCAUCAAGUACGGCAAUUGACAUGGAAAACGUUCAGAGAGCAUUGGACGAAUGGAAAUUAGUCGAUAAAGAAAGUAUAGACCCAGAUAAUCUACGAAUGACUGAUGAGGAAGACCAUGGAACAGAGGAAGAUGUUUCAGAAGAGAAACGCGAGGCAAUUAGACUUGGAACUGCUGCUGGUGAAGACAAGAUUGCGAUCGAAGAAGUGGCUGCCGAACAAACUGAUAUCAUAGAUGAGCAAUGGUCACCUACCACAUCAACAAACAGUUCGCUAGCGUUCCUCAUUCAUGCAUUUCCAACCCGAACACCAGCAUAUUUGCAAGAGAUUCUUCUGGACGAAGGCGAAAAUGUGACCAGAGCAGUUGAUACUUUGAUGACAAGGGAAUUAGUAGAAAGCGGAGCGCUUGACGAAGAGACAUAUGCAGAAGUAAAGGAUUCUCAUGAUCAGAAAACCGGCUUUGCUUCAAGAAUGGCCGAUGAUGACGAAACGCUGUACAAAGGGACAGGGCUAAAGAAGAAGACAAAGAAAGAUCGUCAACGUAAAAAAGCCCAAGAAGCAGAAAAGCAUGCAUUUGACGGCGUGUCUUCUGCUUCUCGUUCAGGCACACUGGCAAUGCAAAAAGUCAAUCUGACUGAUGUGCGUAAAGGAGCUCCAGAUCGAAUUAGACUAGGGCAGAGGCUGAAUGGUAAGAAGGAAAACGUCAAAGCUGAGGAAACAGAUGCGGAAAUGGCCGCAAGAAUAGCAAAGGAAGAGAGAAUUGCUGCUGGUCUCUCUCCGGAAACGGGUGACGAUGGAGAUGAUGAGGCUGAAAGCAUCCGUGAUAAUGAUUGGCUUUUCUCUUCCUCUGUGUUGGAGCAACUAAGCCUGCUUCUCGACUAUCCGUCUCACAAAGUCAAGGGCGUACACGCUUCAUGUCAUAUGAACUUGCGUGCAACUCUACAUAGACUCAUCAAUACACGGUGUCAGGAAUUCACUUCGAUGGAUCAAUUAGAUUUACACAAUGAGCAGCCUAUCGGUACAUGCAGGAUAAUCACAGAUAAUUUGUGUACCCUGUUACCAGCUAAACCAAGAUCAGAAGUCGAAAAGCUACUGUAUGCUACCGUCGGAAGGGAAGAUGCAGUGUUGGAUUUGGCGCAAUUGUCCGAGAGGAUAGAAUCGACAGCUGUUGGCGAACGGACUGAUAUCUUGGAUCCGAUGAAACAUGAGAGAACAUCGCAAGUUCAAGCACCAACGCUCUCUCAGCAAAUCGGUCAGAAUAAAGGUCAUUUUGAUUGGGUAGGCGGUGAUACCCCUCUUUUCAAUGCUGCCAAAUCCGCAACGCCAUAUGCUUCUAUCGCACAAAGAGGGUCGAGUGAACCUAAAAGUGAUGCACGUCAGUUCGCCUUGCAGAGAUUACGUGAAGGUGCUUCUGCGGUUACUUUUCCACUCAAUUCAGCACAAGCUUCUGGUCAGAUUGGUGAUACAUUCGUUGAACCUGAAUCAUCAGGACCAUCUUCUCAGAGAGCCGAGACUGCGUCUGAAGCACGAAGAUUAGCACAAGAAUAUACGGCAAUUUCACAAGAUUAUAGAAUUAGAAGACAAGAAGCAUUGGCAAAAGCGGCAAGAUCGUAUCGAUCUACACAUAAUACAGCCAUAAGCAAAGGUCCAAUGCGUGGAGCGGCGGCUUGGGUGUAUGCUGAAGAAGCAAGAAGAUUAGAUGCAAAAGCUCGUGCUUUUGCAUUACAAGCUUCUCAAGCAACCGUUCGUGCGAGAAUGUUAUCGAACAGAAGUACAAACCUUUACUCAUCACCUCUUCAAAGUAGCGGUGAAGAUGGUGGUGAUUUGGUGGAUUUGCACGGAUUGACCGUUCAUGAUAGUUUGACAAUCACUCGUCAAGCUUUAGAUGCUUGGUACCCAAAAACAGUCUCUUCGUCCAGAUCUGCUCCUUUACACAUCGUCACAGGUGUUGGUCGACAUAGCAAGGGUCAAGUGGCUCUCAUUCGACCGGCAGUCUUGGCAAUGUUGCAACGUGAACGUUGGAACACACGUGAACCACAACAAGGUCACAUCCUCGUCCUUGGCAAGAGCCGAUAAAUUAUAGAAGUUUCGUCAUCCUCAUUGUUUAUAUGUAGAUCUAGUCAUCCCAUACACAUACCCAAAUGCUGUUCAAUAGUCUGCUGAUGAUAUGAUUGAAUCUGUAAAACAUGUUAGUGAGUAUA